AUGCCACCACCACCACCGUUCAUCAUGCCACCACCACCACCGUUCAUCAUGCCACCACCACCGUUCAUCAUGCCACCACCAUCGCCCAUGCCACCUCCACCCAUCCCGCCAUCACGAUUAGCUGGUUGCAUCUGUGGUCCAUUACUGAAUUGUAAAAGCAAAACCGUUCUGUGA